AGGCGCGGUUACAGAGCUGCAAUAUCAAUGAAUACAGACAGGAUCAAACACAGGCUGAGGGCUGAGCCGGUGGGGUUGUCAGAACGCCAAGGCCAGAGGGAGUGACAGGAGCCGGGCAGGGGGAUAUGUGUCAGUGAGUGAGAGGGCUCAGGCAGAGUGGGACAAGCUGUAGGCACGCAGUAUGUUUGCCAGCAGCCUGCAACUGGUGGGGCUGCUCUGGUGCCUGGGUUUGAGUCGUGCAGAGACAGAGAGUGAAGGGAGUCACGGGGCUGAAGAGCUGGUGCUCAGGAAUGCGAUGCUGCCCGCCGCCCCCGGUAACACCACUGACAGCCGCUCGCCAGCAGCAGCCUCGGCAAUCAGGACUAAAGGAGCAACUGUCAAAGGAACUUCAGCAGCAGCAGAUCAAUUACGCGUGGAGCGGCUUUUCAAGGAGCUGACGGAUUACAGAUUCAUAUUCCCAUAUGUUAUGUCCGGGAAGAGGAAGCGGAGUCUGGCAGCCUCAGUCCAGGGCAGCAAUCCACACCAUCUCAGCAUUUUGGUGGAGUUCGCAGGAGAGCAACUAACGCUGGAUCUCAGCAGGAACACUCUCCUCCUGCCAAGAGGGUUCCAGGUCUCACACUAUGAUUCGAACGGAACUCUAGUGACGGAGCGGGACCAGGAAAUGACUCAGUGCUACUACGAGGGCUCCGUCCGAGGCUUCUCAGGAUCUGCGGUCUCAGCCAGCACCUGCUCAGGACUCAGCGCCCUGAUUGUUCUCAGUAACCAGACUUAUGUCAUUGAGCACCUGGGGGAGGCUGAGCACGGGCGGCAUUUGCUAUACAGACCCGAAGAUCUCAAGUCAGUGCCUGGACGGUGUGGAGUGACAAACACGUCUCCCGUGUCAGUCUUGAUCCAGGACCUUCAACACUUACACCGGAUGAAGAGGAAUAUUGUGCAAGAGAUGAAGUACGUGGAGAUGGUCCUGGUGGCAGACAAUGCAGAGUACCAGGUCCUUGGGAAGAAUAAGGAUGCUGUGGUGAAGAGGAUGCUCAACAUUGCAAACACGAUGGACAUGUAUUACAGACCAUUUAACGUCCGGAUCGCUCUGAUUGGAGUUGAGGUGUGGACCCAGGACCAAGUCACAGUGGACAGGGAUGCCGGGAAAAUGCUGACCCAAUUCCUUCAGUGGAGAAAGAAUAGCCUGCUCCCCCGGCUGUACAACGACAACGCACAGCUCGUUCUAGGUGGAAUUUUCAAUGGGGGCACGGCUGGACUGGCGUCUUUUGGCUCCAUUUGUUCAACAAGUCAUUCUGGAGGAGUAAACCUGGACAUUCACUCAAGCUUCCUGGCAAUUUCGGCUACCAUUUCUCAUGAGCUUGGACACAAUCUUGGAAUCUCUCAUGACACAAAGGAACGGAAAUGCCAGUGCCCGGGUGAGAGUGCUGGCUGCAUCAUGGAAGAAGCUGUGGGCUUUGAGACCCCCACACACUUUAGCAGCUGCACCCGCGAUGACCUGAACAGAAACCUGCUCCACGGCGGAGGCAUGUGUCUCUAUAACCUGCCCAACCUGAAGCUGCUGGUUGGAGGACAACAGUGUGGGAACAUGUACGUGGAGGAAGGCGAGGAGUGCGACUGUGGCAAGCCCGAGGAAUGUGAAGAUCCCUGCUGUCAGCCAUCGACUUGCAAAUUCACAGCCCGUGCCGUGUGCUCGUCCACUGGACCCUGUUGUAAGGACUGCAAAUUUCUGCCGGCAGGCACGGUCUGUAGACCAAAGCGGGGAGAAUGCGACUUGCCAGAGUUCUGCACAGGCCAAUCCCAGGACUGUCCCAACAAUCACUACGUGAAAGACGGUCAGAAGUGCAGCAAAGGAGGACUCUACUGCAGCCAUGGGACCUGCCAGUCUGCCAACCAGCAAUGCCAGGACAUCUGGGGUCCAGGUGCAAUAUCCGCUGAAAAGCUUUGCUAUGAAGUUACGAACGAACAAGGGAACAAGUACGGGAACUGUGGUCAAGACGAGAACAAUAAUUACAUUGCAUGCCAGUCCAAGGACGUUCAGUGUGGAAAGAUCCAGUGCAAGGGUGGAAACACAACUCCGCUGCGAGGAGGAAGCAUCACCACGGUAACCAGCUCACUGGUUUACAGAGGCAUCAAGUAUACCUGUCGGGCAAUCUUCACAACAUUAGGUGAUGCCAAUAGUGACGACCUUGUCCACCAGGGAACCAAGUGUGGGAUCGGCAAGGCAUGCUUGGAUGGGAAGUGCCAGAAUGUGGCAGUGUUUGACGUGGAAGGCUGUGACAGCACCUGUAACAACAGGGGGAUUUGUAACAAUAACAACAACUGUUUCUGUGACGAUGGCUGGGCGCCGCCUUAUUGCAACUCCAGUGGGGUAGGAGGUAGUGUUGACAGUGGGCCUGUGAAAGAUGUACAAAAAGUUUUCACAGCUGAACCAGAUCAGGUGUCAGAGACAGCUGCAAGAUCCACCACCGAGCUUCACCAAAAGGACAACGGGUCUCCAGCUAAGUUCCAGACGUCCACAGUGCUCCCUGCUGUGUUGGUGCCGCUCAUGAUGCUAAUCGCCAUCGGUUUCGCCAUCGUGUGCAUUCUGAAGAAGAAGGUGACGAUAUUCAAGCGCACCAGUGCGACAGCUCCCUCUCAUCCAGCGGGAGCAACGAGGACUUCGGAGAACACCUUUGUAUUUGUGUCUGACUCUCAGAGCGUUCACCAACACAGACCUCGCCUUGCCGGCCAUGCAGGAAUACAGGUUUCACCACCCACUGCCAAAUUGUGACAGAGCCGGACGAUUCAGACAUCGACUGGACAACUACAACAGCCUAUUGAUUGUACAACGUCUGUGAUCACAGCUUUUCACCAUGUUUAAAUCCCGAAGCACGUGGGGUGGAGUUGCUGAUCAGAAUCAAUCCCUGUUUAACUGAUCACUUUCCCAGCGGGACCGGAAAGGAUGGGGGAGGGGGGCCGACUGAGCAGCUGCAACUUUUCAUGAAGAAGUAUCGAUAUUUACUUAGCAAUAAUUACUCUGCACAUUGUAAAGAAUAACACACCAGGUGAAUUUUGUGAUUUUCUGCUGGAUUAUGAACACUCCUGGCAACUUCAUGAACAGCUAAACUAUGGCCAACAGACUCAUCAAACCAUAAAUAUGUAGGGUUAACCAGAGCAGGUGUAAAUGGCGUCACUGGUUGAUGCUGAACUAAUUAAACUAGUGAUUAAAUAUUCCACUAAACUAACCAUUUCUGCCUACACAAUGUCUAUGUCCUCACAUCCAUGUGCCCAUUGAAACGUCUCUUAACAGCCUCUAAUGUAUCUGCUUGUACCACCACCACAGGCUGGUGAUUCCAGGCACCCACCUCUCCGAAAACAAAAGUGCCCUUCACAUCUCCUUUGAAAUUACCCCCCUCUCACCUUAAAGGCAUGCCCUCUGCUAUUAGUCAUUUUAACCCUGUGGAAAAGAUACUUGCUGUUGACUCUACCUAUGCCUCUCAAUCUUCUCAACCUCAAUCAGAUCUCCCCUCAGACCCUGCUGCUCCAGAGAAAACAACCCAAGUCUGUUGAAACCCCCAUUAGAACACAUGCCCUCUAAUCCAGGUAUGUCUCUUCUGCACCCUCUCCAAAGCCACAGUGUCCUUCCUGCAAUGGGACGACCAGAACUGUACGCAAUGCAGCCUACCCAGAGUUUAUAAAGCCAUAAAACCAUAAGAUAGAGCAGCAGAGGUAGGCCAUUCGGCCCAUCGAGUCUGCUCCACCAUUCAAUCAUGGCUGAUCCAAUUCUUCCAGUCAUCCCAACUCCCCUGCCUUCUCUCCAUACCCUUUGAUGUCCUGGCUAAUCAAGAAACUACCCAUCUUUGCCUUAAAUACACCCAAUGACUUGGCCUCCACAGCCGCUCAUGGCAACAAAUUCCACAGAUUUACCACCUUUUGACGAAAAUAAUUUCUCCGCAUGUCUGUUCUAAACUGACAUCCUUCAAUCCUGAAGUCGUACCCUCUUGUUCUAGGCUCCCCUACCAUGAGAAAUAACUUUGCCAUUUCUAAUCUGUUCAGGCCUUUUAACAUUCAGAAUGUUUCUAUAAGAUCCCCCCCUUAUUCUCCCGAACUCCAGGGAAUACAGCCCAAGAUCUGCCAGAUGUUCCUCAUACAGUAACACUUUCAUUUCUGGAAUCAUUCUUGUGAAUCUUCUCUGAACCCUCUCCAAUGUCAGUAUAUCCUUUCUAAAAUAAGGAGCCCAAAACCGCACACAAUACUCCAAGUGUGGUCUCACGAGUUCCUUAUAGAGCCUCAACAUCACAUCCCUGCUUUAUAUUCUGUACCUCUAGAAAUGAAUGCCAACAUUGUAUUCCUUUUCUUCACCACCAACUCAACCUGGAGGUUAACCUUCAGGGUAUCCUGCACAAGGACUCCCAAGUCCCUUUGCAUCUCUGCAUUUUGAAUUCUCUGUCCAUCUAAAUAAUAGUCUGCCUGUUUAUUUCUUCCACCAAAGUGCAUGACCAUACACUCUCCAACAUUGUAUUUCAUUUGCCACUUCUUUGCCCAUUCCCUGAAACUAUCUAAGUCUCUCUGCAGGCUCUGUUUCCUCAACACUACCCACUCCUCCAGCCAUCUUUGUAUCAUCGUCAAAUUUAGCCGCAAAUCCAUUCAUCCCAUAGUCCAAAUCAUUGACCUACAUCGUAAAAAGCAGCGGUCCCAAAACUGAUCCCUGUGGAACUCCACUGGUAACCGGCAGCCAGCCAGAAUAGGAUCCCAUUAUUCCCACUCUCUGUUAUCUGCCGACCAGCCAAUGCUCCACCCAUGCUAGUAACUCCCCUGUAAUUCCAUGGGCUCUUAUCUUGCUAAGUAGCUUCAUGUGCAGCAACUUGUCAAAGGUUUUCUGAAAAUCCAAGUACACCACAUCCACUGCAUCUCCUUUGUCUACCCUGCUUGUAAUUUCCUCAAAAAAUUGCAGUAGGUUAGUCAGGCAGGAUUUUCCUUUCAGGAAACCAUGCUGGCUUUGGCCUAUCUUGUCAUGUGCCUCCAAGUAAUCAGUAAUCUCAUCCUUAACUAUUGAUUCCAACAAUUUUCCGACCACUGAUGUCAGGCUAACAGGUCUAUAGUUUCCUUUCUGCUGCCUCCCACCCUUCUUAAAUAGCAGAGUAACAUUUGCAGUUUUCCAGUCAUCGGGUACAAUGCCAGAAUCUAUCGAUUCUUAAAAGAUCAUUGUUAAUGCCUCUGCAAUCUCUCCAGCUACUUCCUUCAGAACUUGAAGGUGCACUCCAUCCGGUCUAGGAGAUUUAUCCACCAUCAGACCAUUAAGCUUCCUGAGCACCUUCUCAGUCGUAAUUUUCACUGCACAUACUUCACUUCCCUGACACUCUUGAAUGUCCAGUAUACUGCAGACAUUUUCCACUGUGAAGACUGAUGCAAAAUACGCAUUCAGUUCCUCUGCCAUCCCUGCAUCUCUCAUUAUAAUAUCCCCAGCGUUAUUUUCUAUUGGUCCUAUAUCUACCCUCAAUUCUCUUUUACUCUUUAUAUAGUUAAUAAAGCUUUUUGUAUAUUAGUUUGCCAGCUUCCUUUCAUAAUCCAUCUUUUCCUUCCUAAUGACUUUCUUAGUUUCCUUCUGCAAGUUUUAAAAGCUUCCCAAUCCUUUUUCUUCCCACUAGCUUUGGCUUCCUUGUAUGCCCUCUCUUUUGCUUUUAAUUUGGCUCUGACUUCACUUGUCAGACACAAUAGUGUCACUCAGGUUGGAGGAACAACACCUUGUAUUCCGUCUGGGUAGCCUCCAACCUGAUGGCAUGAACAUCGACUUCUCUAACUUCCGCUAAUGCCCCACCUCUCCCUCGUGCCCCAUCUGUUACUUAUUUUUAUACACACAUUCUUUCUCUCACUCUCCUUUUACUCCCUCUGUCCCUCUAAAUAUACCCCUUGCCCAUCCUCUGUGUCCCCCCCCCCCACCCCCGUCUUUCUUCCCGGACCUCCUGUCCCAUGAUCCUCUCGUAUCCCUUUUGCCAAUCACCUGUCCAGCUCUCGGCUCCAUCCCUCCCCCUCCUGUCUUCUCCUAUCAUUUUGGAUCUCCCCCUCCCCCUUCCACUUUCAAAUCUCUUACUCACUCUUCCUUCAGUUAGUCCUGACGAAGGGUCUCGGCCUGAAACGUUGACUGCACCUCUUCCUGGAGAUGCUGCCUGGCCUGCUGCGCUCACCAGCAACUUUGAUGUGUGUUGCUUGAAUUUACAGCAUCUGCAGAAUUCCUGUUGUUUACGAUAGUGUCCUUCCAUUCAAAAAUUGCUUCUUAUUUGGAAUAUAUCUGUCUGGCACUUCUCUCAUUUUUCACAGAAACUCCAGCCAUUGCUGCGCUGCUGUCCUUCCUGCUAGUGUCCCCUUCCAGUCAGCCUUGGCCAGUUCCCCUCUCAUGCUAUUGCAAUUUCCUCUGAAAUACCGACACGUUGGAAUUUAGUUUCUCCUCAAAUUUCCUUAACCUUAAGCUCCCUUAUCACCUCCGGAUCAUUGCACAACACCCAAUCCAGCACAGCCGAUCCCUUAGUGGGCUGAACAAAAAGCUGUUCUAAAAAGCCAGCCCUUUGACUUUCCACAAAUUCUCUCUCCUGAGGUCCAGUACUGGCCUGGUUUUCCCAAUCCACUUUCACAUUAAAAUCCCCAAGGAUUAUCAUGACAUUGCCCUUUUGACAUGCCUUUUCAAUCUCCUGCUGUAAUUAGUAAUCGACAUCCCAUCUGCUGUUUGGAGGUCUGUAGACAACUGCCAUUAGGGUCCUUUUACCCUUGCCAUUUCUUACCUCCAACCAUAGAGACUCUACACCUUCCGAACCUAUGUCAUCCCUUUCUAAUGAUUUAAUAUUAUUUGCUCAUACACAGGGCCACACCACCCCCUCUGCCUACUAACCUAUCUUUCCGAUACACCGUAUAUCCUCGGACAUUCAGCUCCCAAUGGCAGCCAUCCUUCAGCCAAGUUUCAGAGAUGGCCGCAACAUCGUAUUUGCCAAUCUAUAGCUGAAUUUCAAGAUCGUCCAUUUUAUUUCUUAUGCUGCGUGCAUUCAAAUACAACACUUUCAGUCCAGUAUUUGUUGUUUUCUGUUUUAACUGCACCACAUCUCUAUUGCCCUGUAACUCAUCCCACUGGCUGUGAUUUAUCCUCAUCUCCUGCCUGACCUUUCUAUCAUCUCUGUUGCACGCUGUCUUUGAUUCAUUUCUGUUUUCCCCUUCCUCAACCCUAUCACUCCGCUUCCCAUCCCCUGCCAAAUUAGUUUAUAGCCUCCCCAACAGCUCUAUUAAACCUGCCCACUAGGAUAUUGGACCCCUUUGGGUUCAGGUGUAACCUGUCCUUUUGGUACAGGUCGUACCUCCCUCAGCAGAUGCCCCAAUGAUCCAGGAACCCGAAGCCCUGCCCCCUACUCCAGUCUCUCAGCCACACAUUAAUAUGCCUGAUCGUGUUAUUCUUGUGCUCAUUCACAUGUGGCACAGGCAGCAAUCCUGAGAUUACUACCCUGGAGGUCCUGCUUUUCAGCUUCCUACCCAACUCCCUGAAUUCCCUCUUCAGGACCUCCUCCCUUUUUCUACCUAUGUCAUUGGUACCAACGUAUACCAAGACUUCUGGCUGUUCACUGUCUCUCUUCAGAAUACUUUGCACCUGAUCCAAGACAUCCCGUACCCUGGCACCUGGGAGGCAACACACCAUACAAGUAUCUCUAUCAGGCUGACAGAACCUCCUGUCUGUUCCCCUCACUAUGGAAUCCCCUAUGACUACCACAUCCCUCAUCUUCUUCUCUCACUUCUGCACCAUGGAACCAGGCUCAGUGCCAGAGACCCAAUCACCGUAGUCAUCCUCUUUCAAGUCAUCCCCCUCAACAGCAUCCAAAAUGAGAUCUCUAUUAUCUGAGCUCUUCCCAUCCCUUCCCUGACAGUCAUGCACUUGUCUAACUCCUGCAGCCUCGGGGUGACUAACUCCCUGUAGCUCCUAUCUAUCUCCUGCUCACUUUCCGUAAUAAGCUGUAGGUCAUCAAGCCACAGCUCCAGAUCUCUAACACGGUCUCUCAGGAGCUGCAUCUCAGCGCACCUGGUGCAGCUGUGGCCUCACAUCUGAUACCCAGAGCAAAGUACUAACAGACAUGUUCUCUAUUCCUCAAAAAAAAUGCAAGGAAAAAAAAAAAAAUGAAGUCCAGCUACCCACCUACCUCUCCGAAGCCCGAAUGAGCCGAAACCCUACCACUCCACCUCAGGCCACUCUGUCGAUGACCGUUCCGCUAGGCAGUGUCUCCCUUUAAAACCUCAACCUUCCCUGCUCUCCAACUCAGGAUCGGUGUUCUGGUAUUGGCUGCAACAUUACUUCCCGACUCUUUAACUCAAUGCCUCAACUAAUUAGGACAGGCAGACUAUAUUCCUUUGUAACCACCCUAUUAACCUGUAAUUAACCAUCCUAUUAACCCUAUUAACCUGUGUAGCCACUUUCAGGCAGCUUUUAACUUGGACUCCAAGGUCGCUCUGUCAUCAACACUUAACAGUGUACUGUCUCUUUACAUUUGAUCUCGCGAACAGCAACACUUCUCAUUUGGAUGUUUCUGCCAUAUCUGCAUUCACAUCUGCCAGUUCUCCACCCAUAUCUGAAACUAAACUAUAUCCCACUGUAUUCUUUACCAGUCUUCCACAUUAUCCGCAAUACCACCAAUCUUCAUAUCACCUGCAAAUGUGCUAACUCACCCAUCUACAUCCUUACCCACAUCAUUUACUGUGCCUAUAUAUGCAGCCAACACCAUGCUUCACAGUAGGGGUGGGGCCUCUUUGAUGAUAAGGCCAUAAGACAGGAGUAGUAUUCAGCCAUUUGGCCUAUCGAGUCCAAUCAUGGCUGAUCCUUUUUUCCCCUUCCUCAGCCUCAGUCUCCAGCCUUCUCCUAGUACUUUGAAGCCAUGUCCAAUCAAGAACCUAUCAAUCUCUGAUUAAAUAUAGCCAAUGACCUGGCCUCCACAACUGCCUGUGGCAACAAAUUCCACAAGUUCACCACCUUCAGGCUAAAGAAAUUUCUCCACAUCUCUGUUUUAAAUGGAAGCCCCUCUACCCUGAGGCUGUACCCUCUUGUCCUAGACUCCCCCACCAUGGGAAACAUCCUUUCCACAUCUACUCUGCCUUGGCCUUCCAACACUCAAAAGGUUUCAAUGAGAUCCCCCUUUAUCCUUCUAAAUUCCUGCAAGUACAGACCCAGAGCUAUCAAACUUUCCUCACAUGAUAACCCUUUCAUUCCCGGAAUCACUCUUGUGAACCUCCUUUGGACCCUCUCCAAUGCCAGCACAUCUUUUCUAAGAUGAGGAGCCCAAAAUGGUUCACAAUACUCAAAGUGAGGGCUCACCAGUGCCUUAUAAAGCCUCAGCAUCACAUCCUUGCUCUUGUAUUCUAGACCUCUUGAAAUGAAUGCUAACAUUGCCCUUGCCUUCCUCACCACCAACUCAACCUGCAGGUUAACCUUUAGGAUCUUCCCAAGUCCCAAGUCUCUUUGCAUCUCAGACUUUUGGAUUUUCUCUCCUUUUAGAAAAUAGUCUGCACAUUUAUUUCUUGUACCAAAGGGCAAGACCAUGCAUUUUCCAAUACUGUAUUUCAUUUGCCACUUUCUUGCCUAUUCUCCUAAUCUGUCUAAGUCCUUCUGCAUCCUAUCUGUUUCCUCAACACUAUCUGCCCAUCCACCAAUACUGGUAUCAUCUACAAACCUGGCAACAAAGUCAUCCAUUCAUUCAUCUAAAUCAUUUAUAUACAGCACAAGAAAAGGUGGACCCAACACCGACCUCUAUUGAAUACAACUAGUCACUGGCAGCCAACAUUUUAUUCCCACUCGUUGCCUCCUACCGAUCAGCCAAUGCUCUAACCAUCCCGGUAACUUUCCUGCAAUAUCAUGACCUCUUAACUUGGUAAGCAGCCUCAUGUGGGGCACCUUGUUAAAGGCCUUCUGAAAGUCCAAAUGAACAACAUCCACUGCGCCCCUUUUAUCUAUCCUACUUGUAGUCUCCUCAAGGAAUUCUAACAGGUUCGCAGGCAAGAUUUUCCCUUAAGGAAACCAUGCUGCCUUUGUACUAUCUUGUUCUAUGUCAACAAAUACUUCAUAACCUCAUCUUAAAAAUUGACUCCAACAUCUUCCCAACCACUGAGGUCAGCUAACUGGUCUGUAAUUUUCUUUCUGCUGCCUUCCCCUUUAAAGAAUGCAGUGACGUUUGCAAUUUUUCAUUUCUCUGGCACUAUGCCAGAGUCCAAUGAUUUUUGAAAGAUCAUUAUCAAUGGCUCCAUAAUCUCUAAUGUUACCUCUUUCAGAACGCUUGAGUGCAGUUCAUCUGGUGUAGGUGACUUCUGUCCCUUUAGGUCUUUCAGCUUUGUGAGUACCUGCUCCCUUGUAUUAGUAACUGCACCCACUUCUCUUCCCUCUCACCCUUCAACAUCUGGCACACAGCUCGUGUCUUCCACAGUGAAGAUGAUGCAAAAUACUCAUUUAGUUCAUCUGCCAUCUCCUUGUCUCCCAUUUAGUAAUUAUCCUGCCUCAUUUUCUAGUGGUCCUAUAUCCACUCUCAUCUCUUUCAUUUUUUAAAUACUUGAGAAACUUUCACUAUCCACACUGAUAUUGUUUGCUAGCCUGCUUUCAUAUUUCAUCUUUUCCCUUCUAAUGAUUCUUUUAGUUGUUCUCUGUAGACUUUUUAAAAAUUCUUCCCAAUCCUCUAUCUUCUCACUAAUUUUUGCUUUGUUGUAUGCCCUCUCUUUUGCCUUUACAAUAGCUUUGACUUCCCUUGUCAGCCAGGGUUGUAUUUUGCUAUUUGAGUAUUUCUGUAUUUUUGGAAUAUAUCUAUCCUGCACCUUCCUCAUUUUUCUCACAAACACAUGCCAUUGCUGCUCUGCUGUCACCCCUGCCAGCAUCUCCUUCCAAUUUACUUUGGCCAACUCCUCUCUCAUACCACUGUAAUUUUCUUUACUACAAACGUGUACAUUGAAAUACUGCUACGUCAGACUUUACUUUCUCCCUAUCAAAUUUCAAGUUGAACGCAUUCACAUAAUGAUCACUGUCUCCUUGGGAUUCCUUUACCUUCAGCUCCCUAAUCACCUCUGGUUCAUUACAUAACACCCAAUCCAGUAUAGCUGAUCCCCUGGUCGGCUCAAUGACAAACUGCUCUAAAAAGCCAUCUCAUAGGCAUUCAACAAACUCUCUCUCUUGAGAUCCAUUACCAACCUGAUCUUCCCCAAUCUGCCUGCGUUGAAAUCUCCCAUGACUAUCAUAACAUUGCCCUUUUGACACGCCUUUUCUAUUUCCUGUUGUAAUCUGUGGUCCACAUUCCAGCUACUGUUGGGAGGCCUGUAUAUAACUGCCAUCAGGGUCCUUCUACCCUUGCAGUUUCUUAACUCAACUCACAAGGAUUCAACAUCUUCCAAUCCUCUGUCACAUCUUUCCACUGAUUUGAUGCCAUUCUUUACCAGUAGAGCCACACCACCCCCUCUGCCUACCUUCUUAUCCCUCCGAUAUAAUGUGUAACCUUGAACAUUCAGCUCCCAACUACAAGCAUCCUUCAGCCACGAUUCAGUGAUGGCCACAACAUCAUACCCGACAAUCUCUAAAAGUGCAACAAGAUCAUCCACUUUGUACUCCAUGCAUUGAGAUAUAACACUGAGUGCUGUAUUUGCUGCCCUUGUUGAUUCUGAAUUCCUAAUGCACGGAUACUCACCCUGCUGGCUGCAAUUAUGUCCUAUCAUCUGCCUACCCUUCCUGACAGUCUGACUGUGCGCUAUCUUUACUUUUUUACCAUCUGUUCUUUCCUGAAUCCCUUCACUCCGGUUCCCACCCCCUGCCAAGUUAGUUUAAACCCUCCCCAACAGCCCUAACAAACCUGCCCAUGAGAAUAUUGGUCCCCCUUGGGUUCAGGUGCAACCCAUCACUCUUGUACAGAUCAUACCUCCCCCAGAAGAGAUCCCAAUGAUCCAAGAACCUGAAGCCCUGCCUACUGCACCAGCUUCUCAGCCACGCAUUUAUCUGCCAGACCAUCCUGUUUCUACCCUCACUGGCGCAUGGCACAGGCAGCAAUCCAGAAAUUUCUACCCUGGAGGUGACUAAACACAUUGAUGAAGGAAGAGCAGCAGAUGUAGUGUAUAUGGAUUUCAGCAAGGCAUUUGAUAAGGUACCCCAUGCAAGGCUUAUUGAGAAAAGUAAGGAGGCAUGGGAUCUGAGGGGAUCUUCCUUUGUGGAUCCAGAAUUGCCUUACCCACAGAAGGCAAAGAGUGGUUGUAGAUGGGUCAUAUUCUACAUGGAGGUCAGUGACCAGUGGUGUGCCUCAGGGAUCUGUUCUUGGACCCUUUCUCUUCAUGAUUUUUAUAACUGACCUGGAUGACCGGCUGGUGGUGUAGUGACGUCAGUUCCGGACCUCGGAGUGAAGGCUCCCGAGUUCGAAUUCAGCCGGCUCCCCAGGCACACUUUCCAUCCGUGCUGGGUUGAGCGUCAAGCUAGCAACUCGGACCCAUGAAAACAAGAAAGCCUGCUAAAAAAAACGCCGUCAUGAUGGCUCCACUGGAAGUUAAGGGCUUUCUUUUUCUUCUUCUUCUUCUGGAUGAAGAAGUAGAGGGAUGGGUUAGUAAAUUCUCUGAUGACACAAAGGUUGUGGAUAGUGUGGAGGGCUGUCAGAAGUUACAGUCGGACAUCGAUAGGAUGCAAAACUGGUCUGAGAAGUGGUAGAUGGAGUUCGACUGAGAUAAGUGUGAUGUGGUUCAUUCUGGUAGGUCAACUAUGAUGGCAGAAUAUUGUAUUAUUGGUAAGAUCAGAGGGAACUUGGGGUCCGAGUCCAUAGGACACUCAGAGCUGCUGUGCAGGUUGACUCUGUGGUUAAGAAGGCAUACAGUGUAUUGGCCUUCGUCAGUCAUGGGAUUGAGCUUAAGAGCUGAGAGGUACUGUUGCAGCUAUAUAGGACCCUGGUCAAACCCCACUUGGAGUACUGUGCUCAGUUCUGGUCACCUCACUGCAGGAAGGAUGUGGAAACUAUAGAAAAGGUGCAGAGGAGAUUUCCAAGAAUGUUGCCUGGAUUGGGGAGCAUGCCUUACAAGAAUAGAUUGAGUGAACUUGGCCUUUUCUCCUUGGAGGGACAGAGGAUGAGAGGUGACCUGAUGGAGGUGUAUUAAGAUGAUGAGAGGCAUUGAUCCUGUGGAUAGUCAGAGGCCUUUUCCCAGAACAUCCUUGUCCUCGGUGUUGUUGGGACCCUGAGUGGGUGCUGGAGAUAGGGCUGAAGACAUUGCAACAUGGUCAGUCAGGAGUGCCUGGGAAUUAUUUAUAUCAGUUUCUGCUGAGAGACCCACAUUACAAAAAACCCGGCUCCUGUCAAAUCGACUCACUCCGCCAGACAUCAAGAACUGAUUGAGAGGGGUGGACACAAUAAAGACAAUGGGAUUAGACAGACAUGCCAGUUCUAAUGCUGAGGACCUGCACUUCAGGGCAAUCACAUAAACAUCGGCAUACAAGGAGGGUUGGAACUGGACUGAGUAACUGGACAACCCAGGGUCUUUCAAACACCUGCACGCCAGGAGAGCGAUGCAGCAGCUGCCUGGACAAAGGCAACUCCGAUAACUCUCAGUGAGAGAGGCACCGUGGUAUUGUGGUUAGUGCAGGACUGUAACAGCAACCCCAGUUCAAUCCCUGCCGCUGUUUUUAAGGGGCUUGUACAUUCUCCGCGUGACCUCUUGGGUUCCUCCCACAGUCCAAAGACAUGUGGGUUAGUGAGUUAAUUGGUCACAUUCAGUCGGUGUAACUGGGUGCAAUAGGCUGAUUGGGCCUGUUGCCAUGUUGUAUCUCUAAAUAAAAAUCAAUUAACUUCAGCCUCAUCGAGGGUAAGCAGCACUCCAUUUACCAACCUAAACCUCCCCCCAGCAUCUUCCCCAGGGGGGAAGAAACAGUAGAUGUUUUGGGCUGAGACCAGUAUAUCUGCCCUCUCGCAGUGCUGGAGCUCCCUCCCAAGCAGAGGGCUACUUUCACCACAUUCUGCCUUCUGACCUCUUCCUUUCCGGUCCUGACAAAGGGCCUCAGCUCGGAACGUUGACCGUAUCCUCACCUUUGUCGAGCUGUUGGGUUAAGGACGGACUGUAAGUGCUGCCUGCUGAUACUUCACCAGAGGCGCGGCAGUUGUUCCAGAAGGAGUCUGCUUGUCAGCCCACUGAGAUGAAAACAAACCAACAAUUCCAUUUGCCGCACUGAGUUUCCAGCAAUUUCUGUCUUGCUUCCAUGCCCAGUCCCUGAUUCAGUUUCAGAUUUAUUUUCACACGCACAUCGAAACGCGCCAUUUGCGUUAGCAACCAACAAAGCUGAGGGGCGCGUUGGGGCAGUCCGUAACUGUCACCAUCACCCCAGCACCAUCACAUUGUGUCAUUGUGAUUAGGUCAGGGUUAGAUUGGGGAUCUUCUGGGCAGCAUGGCUCAAUCGAACGAUAAAUAGUGGAGCACCAGAUCACACUCUGUCUGAACUACAACCACAGGGCACCCGGGAAGGUCGGAAUGUACAGCCAGUUAUUUGUCUGUCUGGUAGCAGUGCACCAAGAGUUAAUGCUAAGACAUUAAGACAUAGGAACAGAAUUAGGCCAUUCAGCCCAUCAAGUCUGCUCCAGCCAUUCCAUCAUGGCUGAUUUAUAUCCCUCUCAACCCCAUUCUCCUGCCUUCUCUCUGUAACCUCCUGAUGGGUAUUCACUUUUGGGGUGUAUGGUGUGCUGUAUUUACAGAAACACAGUCUGCAACAAGAUGAUGCUGUGGAAAGAUACCUAUAUUUUAUGGGAUGUCGGUGAGCUAUUAUGCUCCUGUACAUGUGGAUAUUUUAAAGUACAUUGGUAUAUGUUUUGAUUUACAUAUUUAAAAUCUUCUUCACAACUUACUCUCGAUGUACUAGCUGUUCAUUACUUGAGGUAAUAAAAGUGAUUGA